AUGCCUCCACGAAGAGUAGUCAGAGGUCUUUCUGCUAGGAGAAAUGUCAAGGAGCAAUGGGUACCUAAUGCACUAGAAAUGCAACUCCAAGGAGAAGUCACCAAUGCUGAAUUCCGUGAAGCUAUCCGGAUGUUAAGUCAAGUUGCGACCUAUCAAGUUGGACAGAGAGGUUCAAGUGUCACUGGGGAUCCGCAGAACUUCAUUGAGGAGAUGAAAAGGUUAUUUAAUGUGAUGCAUGUUGGUGACGCGGAAAGGGUGGAACUCGCUGCAUACCAAAUGAAGGGUGUCGCUAGAAUCUGGUUCUACAAAUGGAAAAAUAAUAGGGAUGAUGAUGCGCCAAUAUCAAGAAAGGAAGGCAAGGCAACUAUUCUGAUAGGGGAUAUAGACCUAGCAAGGUUUAUGAUCCAUGUACAACAAGUUGAAGAGGAUAAGCUGAAGGAUAGAGCAGAGUUUAAGAAUAAAAGGGCUAACACAUCAGGGAACGAGUUCAAAGUUAAGCUUGCCUAUUCUCAGGGUAGUAUGGCACAAAGGGGUAGUAAGCCUCCUGCAUGCACCAAGUGUGGUAGGAACCACUCUGAUAUUUGUCUUGAGGGUUCCACUGGUUGUUUCAAGUGUGAUAUGGUUGGAAAGCUUUUGGAACGAUCUUUACAACUACGCCAAGAUUGCGCUAAUCCGAGUUUGUAUGAGUGA